AUGUGGAUACAUCUUUCAUUGAAUAUUUGGGGUUUUGGGGAAUAUGAGUUUCAUGCAAAGCUUAAGGUCACGGACAAUUCAUCUAUUAAGGGUCAUAUUAACGGAAAACGAAUUACCGAAUGUGAUUCAUUCAAAUGUUCACGUACAAUAGUUCCAAAAAAUAGUCCCAUAUUAAACAAUUUGCGUUCGUUUAAUAGGAUCCUAAACAAUACAAACUAAAUUUGUGUAUCGCUGAGCUCUGCAAAUAACAAGUGGAGGUGCUGCCACUUUAAUACUCACCAUAAAACCUUUAGUAAUAGCAAAAUUAGUACAUGCGCUGUCAGAAAAUGCAGAAAAUACUAUUUCAAAGACCCAUUGGUGUGCAAGUUCUGCCUUUAAAAUAACCUCUGUAUGUUUUUCCGCGCUGUACUAAGAUAACUUUUCAUAUCUGAACGAGUAUCCUCGUCCUUACAGAAGAUGCAAACCUUCAGACCUCGACAUUGUUACUGUAUGAAGACAAAAGUUCAAUCCUUUAUGUCGAGUUAAGUUAAUGAGGGAAACGGAUCCUCUGUCCUACUAUACCUGUAGCCUUGAUGAAGAAAGAGUAUGGAAUAUGAUAUCAUUGGUUUGGAAUAUUUCUGCUCGUGUUUGCUCCAUAACUACGUAGAACCACUAACAUCAUGGACAACAUGCUGAAGAUGAUGGAGCGGUACUCGUCCCGGCUGGAAGACAUUGUGGCAGAAAGAACUGCGCAGCUGGCUGAGGAGAAACGCAAGACAGACGCCCUCUUGUACCGAAUGUUGCCACAGAAUGUUGCUGACGAACUAAAACAAGGUCAGCACGUGCAAGCUGAAGCUUUUUCCUCUGUGACCAUCUAUUUCUCCGACAUCGUGGGCUUCACGCAGAUUGCCAGCCAGAGCACACCCAUGGAGAUCGUUGAGUUUCUAAACAAACUCUACACGGUUUUUGACGAGGUCAUUCAGGCAUUUGAGGUGUACAAGGUGGAGACAAUCGGUGACGCUUACAUGGUGGUCUCCGGAGUCCCCAUCCCUAACGGUUCGCGUCACGUGUACAUCAUGGCGGACCUGGCCCUUGAACUGCUUCAGACCAUCAUUGACUUCACCAUUCCACACAUACCAGAUCGCCAGCUAAAGAUCAGAAUUGGUCUCAACACAGGUCCGGUGGUGGCGGGUGUGGUGGGUACAGUCAUGCCGCGCUACUGUCUCUUCGGCGACACCGUCAACCUCGCCUCCAGGAUGGAGUCGCACGGUCUGCCCCAGAAGAUACACAUGAGCCCGUUCACGUACGCUGCUAUAGAGGACAAAAGUGCAUACAUCAUCAAGGAAAGGGGCGACCUGGAAAUUAAGGUGGGGCAUGUUACACGCGCAGGACCUUGCCGUGCAUCGGCUCCCCUACGGCGCACGCGCUCACGCACUUGCACGCAGGCAUGCUAGGAGAGCAGGGUAAAGGGAGUAUGAAGACUACUUCUUGGAAGGGAAAGUAGAGAAAACAACAAACUUUGCAGCAGGAGUGAGUGAUAGUACGAGGGUACAAAACGCAUCAAAUGUUGACGUGAGGGAGGUGGCUUUGAGCAGCUGUUCUAGCAGUGCACCAGGCCUGUCCUUCACCAGUUCACCCAACAGAAACACAGAAUAUCUACAGGGGGAUGUCAGUCGAGUUAGGUACAGCACCUCACCUCAACAGGAGCUUCGGUCGCCAGCGUUUGAGCCCACGGGGAGUUCUCCGAGGAGAAGCAUGUUGACAGACACCCAAAGGACAAGAGGUGUUGUGUGGAAUGGCGACACGUGUAUUUUGUGACACAUGUGUGUGUGCGUGUGUGUUUUGUGAUGUGUAUGUGUGUGUUCGCGCGCACGCGCGUAUCCAACGCUCCAGAUUUGCUCUCAACUGUCGACGCAUGUGCAAUAAAUAUCGCAGCUGCAUGGAGUAUUCAGGGUAAGAAGGAGGCAAGGCCAGACACCACAUCGAAGGAGCUGUUCGUGAACAGCUGUGCGCAUACAGAUAUGUUUGUAGUUGUGAACAGGGAGACACCGGUGGGGUGUGGAACUACUGUUAGAGCUCGGAGCGCCUGAAGGAAUGUUACUGUGCACUGACAUUCACGUGUGAUCGUGUGAUUUCCAAACGGAGUGAACAAGACUCAGUUUAUUUUUCUUUUCAUCUGAGUGAUCAAGAGUCAGUGGGCUUUUAUUCCAACUGAGUGAUCAAGGGUUGGUGGGUUAUUUACAAUCCGCUCACUGGUUCACAUGGAAAGGGGUGAAGGACUGUUUUCACAGGCGUUGCAGACGCUUAUUGAGAUGAAAAAAGCAAGAGCUUGUUUAUCCACAAGAGAGUGCAAUUAUGAGGUGCAAUAUUUUACGUCUUAUAUAUAUAUAGUGCCGGUAAGAACAGACAUUGAAAUUACUAGAUAACCAGAGAAUGCUUUGUGCGUCUCAUGCCGGCUUCAACUUUUUAAUUGCAAAGAGAAGAAAAGAUUUUUUGAUCUCAUUAUUUUGAAGUUCACUUGAGUUCGGUUGUCGCAGCUGGCACUUGUUAUGGUGACAGAUUUCUUUAUUUUUUGUAGUAGUAGUAGUGUAUGAUUUAAAGUUACUUCACUAUGUUAUGAUUGCGGUACCUCGAAAACUCACUGAUGUAGUGAAGGCGAACCUUGAUGACUAUAGAGAGUCGAACCCAGAUAAGACGAACUCGUCUAAAGGGAAAAACAAAUAGUCCAGGCCUUCUGUGAAAACGACACUUUGAACUACACUAAUAAAGAUUAAAGCCAGCGUUUGUAAUCACUCAUAUUCUGAACGCAGGUCAUGGUUCACGAACUCGCUUAGUGAAAUAGAACAAAUUAACUAAAAACGAGAGGUAUCUCAUCUUUGACAUUCACCCUGAUUGCCAUAUCCUAUAAGCUUUACCCAGUCGACAUUGCACCUCAUUAAACGUCGUUUUCAGGCUCCGCUGGCGAACUGGUACUCGCACAUGCUCACCAUACGGGUGCCGCUACCCUUAGGUGUGCUGGAGUAGUCUCCGAUCAUCAGACACUGCAGACCAAACAACCCAAGGCUCUCUCGACUUCGUCUUAUCAGCGUUCGACUGUAUUUCAAGGGAUCGAACCCUCACAAUCGGAGUCAAACUGACACUUGCAUAACAUUUCUGGGGGAAAUGUUCAGAUUUUCAUUUCGACUUUUAUGAAAAGUUUUUAUUAUUUUUUAUGGUCCAGUUAUAGCACGUGCAUCAUUAGCCUUUACAUUCACAUCCACAGCAUUCGCCUUACAGACUUGCAGCCGCGUUGGAAGAAUGACAGCUCGCGCUUUCUCUGUGCUUGGAGACAUUGAUCGUGGCUUCCUGCAUACACGUGAACGUUUCUCCUUCUCCAUCUAUGAUUAUUAGUAUUUUAUUUUUUCCUUCAACUUUCCCAGCUGAAACUUUCUCUGCCUGUGGCGUGUUUACAGGCUGGCUGCUUUGCUGGCUCAGCGGAAAACAUCAUCUCUCCCCCUCCCCCAGCUGAAACCAUUGUUCUUGUUGUUUAUCUAAACAGUAUCCCUUCUCUCUGUGCCGCUGAGAGCGGUUCACUGGAAAAUGACGGAGAGUUGCUCAGAUGGUCAAUAAAGCUUCUCUGCUGAGGAACUGGUUUGGGGUUUGAGCGGGCGAAUGGCUGUUCCUUAGAAACUGACAGGUUUGUUCAGAUGAUUAAUAAAGCUGUUCUUUUAAGGUCUCCGCUUAUCUCGUACAGAAAGCCAUUUCUCUUGUCGAUAUGAGUAUGUCAAUGUGUGUCUGAUUGUCUUGUUCCUUAUGGCUGAUGUGUGUGUCAAUGUGUGAUUGUGUAGUUCCUUUCGGCUGAUGGUGUGUCAAGGUGUCUGAUUGUCUUUCCCUUGGCUGACUAGACGACUCAUUAGCUGAAUGAUGCUUAAGUGCUUGCUUUUAGGAUAGGCUUCUUUGGAAUUUUAUCUUACAAUUCCUUAAUAAUAAACGAACAGAACACUUCAUAGGAUUGAA